GUCAUUAUUUCAUUUCUUCCCUGAUUUGAAGGAAACAGACAUCGCGACAGAUCAAAUAUGUCUGGUACAUAACAAGAGGGGCUUUUCAAUAAUUAUAAGAGGUAUAUUUUCAUUUAUGUUGGGGGGGCUCAGAUUGCCUACAUUACACGGAAUUGCAGUAAAGACUGACAACCACUGAGAUAUAUCCUCCACUCCAUCUCCCACCUGCAAAAGAUUCUUCCAACUGUAGAUUUAAUUAGUUUUUGAGCGCGGACUUUAACUGAAAUUUGGGGCUCUUUUUCUUUAAAAAAUGGUGAUUAAGAGGCGGCUGGGAUAUUAUCUUAUUUAAGAGUCUCGUGAUUGUAAAGAGACAAAGCCAACAAGAUUCACACUUGAUGCGAGUAUUCUAUCAUGGCCACACAAGUAUUGGAUGAUUUCAACUGAAAUUUUUGGCUGUAUGUCACGAGAAGGAAGAGCAUCAAUUAAGAGGACUGCUGCUGUGUAGAUUGAUGUUCAUGUUGGAAAAACACCCAGAAACUUUUUAGCAGGGCUUAAGGGUUUUUCUUUUUUCUGCAAACGAUACAGAAUUGUGGCGUAAUGGUGUCUGAGUUUCGACAUGUUGAUAGUUUUGAUGCGGCUUCGUCUCGGAGUGUUACUACUGCAGAAAAUGAAAUCGAAGCUGCCAAAUGCAUAGUUAUUAGCGUAGAUUUAAUUCGUGCUGCUAAAAAGCAGCUUCAGCUUCUGAGCAGUGUGAGGAAUAUGCCUUGGCUUCAUCAUGGUCCCCUGUUAAACGAGGCCAUCCGACGGUACAAACAGGUUUGGAUGCCUUUAGCAGCAGAAUUACGACAAUCUCAGACCCUGCUGCCACCCUUGGAUGUUCAAUGGGUUUGGCACUGUCACUGUUUGAAUCCGGAUGCAUAUCAACAAUAUUGCACUUCACACUUUUCCAAAAUCAUUGAUAAGCCUCUUCUUCUAGAGCCCAAAAGCGAGGUCGAAGCUAUGUCAAGAUGCAAGAAAAUAUGGAGUCAGAGAUUUCCUUCAGAAACUUUUGAUCUGCGGGUAAAACAACGGCCAGGUAUGGUGUAUCCUAUGCCUAAUACGGAGAGCAAGCUUGAGAAAGAUGGCUUUGACCUCGUUGCUGCCAUCUCUAAUCAGUGCUCAUUUUAUCAACAGGUCUUUCAGCCAUUUUUGUGGGAAAAUCAGUUCCUGGUAGCUGCCAAAGAACGUUACAAAUGCUUUCUGCAUUUGGUCAAUAAACACAGAGGAGCUUUUUCUUGUAUCCCCACUGUGGACAUCCUUCUCAUGUGGACUACACACCAGAGUUAUCCAGUGGCAUAUGCCAAGGACGUUGAAUGGCUAGAUGGAAUAUACGGAGGAGCAGCCAUAGACAGAGGACCCAAUGCUGUGUCAGAGGAGGAUCUCCAUGAAACAGCAAGACUAUGGGAGGAUACUUUUGGAAAGCCUUAUGAGACAGCAGGUGCAACGUUCGAUUCCAUCCAGUCCAAACCACUUUCAAUUCCCAAGGCUUUGGAAGGAUUUAACACCCCAAAGCCCAUAUACUGGGAAUAUCAGGACAUUGAUGUUAAUGGGAAGUACAAGACUUUGGAGCCCAGAUAUGUCAUGGAGGUCUGUAUUCUUAUUAAAGGCAUAGGAAGGGCUGACACAAGGGAGGAGUUCAGAAACUUAUUCCUGCGGCUCAAGGCAAUUGAUUCCUACAAAGAAUUGAGGUCAGAAAAACCAUUGGCCAAGCUAUGCUCAGACACCAGCUGGCAUAAACCAUGGGUUUUGCAAUGUGAAGCGAAUACCAGAGGCCUAAAGCUCGAUCUCCGAUCAUAUAUCAACACUUGCUUUGGUCCUCUGAGAAAAUCAAGGCGUCUGAAAAAGCUUGUUCUUCAGUGGCAUGAAAUUCUGCAAAGCCCAUCACUGACUCUAGACAAGUCCAUUACCAUAAGAUCAAAUUCUGUGCCAAAGAAUUCUAAUGCAGAACCUUCUUGUCUCAGACUGGUGGCAUCCAUAACUCCCCCAAUUCAAGCUCCAUAUCUUCUGAAAUGCGUGCCAGAUCGUGUAACAGACGACACGGGUGCCAUGGUAUCGGAUUACGUUCUUCGGAUGAACAGAUACCGACCCCAGGAAGGCCGUUGGAUUUCGAGAACCGUGCUCAACCAUGCCGGUAAAGAAUGCUUCGUUGUACGCAUGAGAGUUGCAAGGGGCGUUUGGAGAAGACGCAGUGACCGCCCUGUGGGAGUGGACUGGAAUGAAAGGGUGAUACAAGUUUGCGAAGGAGCAUGGACAUAUGUUGCAGGUUCUAUUGGCAUCGCCCCAGGGAAUGUAGUGGGCACUGCAACGCCCAUAGCAGAUGAUCUAGAGAACCACAGGAUGACAUGGGAACUCUCGAGCGGUGAGAUUUUCACCAUACAGAUGCCAAUACAACAGUUGGAGUGGGAACGGCAUCUGGAAUUUACACUCAAAAACACCCCCAAAGGAAAAUCGGCAAGAUUGUUGAAUGGGCGAAAGCUGCAGUACCAAGUAACGGGGGCAAAGGACGACGAAGAAGAAGGCUUUGUAACUCUGGUUCGAUACACAGCGCAAUGCCCACAAGGAAAAGCCACUGCUCUCUUUAACUGGAAGGUCUCUGCCAUGGAAUUUCAGGCGAAGGAAGAUGCAAUUCUACUUCUCCUCCUCUGUAACGCCACAGUUCGCACAGUCGCAGACUUUGGGGGUGAGGGCGACAGUCUAGAAAACUUCUUUAUCAGGAAGAGGAGGAAAGAAGCCAAACCAGGAAACAGGGACUGGGGAUCUGUAGUAAUACAAAAUUCACGAUCAAUAAGGGAUCUAACAUUUUGGUAUUUGAAUCCAAGGGAAGUUUUAGGGCUUCCACCUGUGGAUACCAAUCCUUCGAGACUAAAUUCAGAGGAAGAGGUUCAUGUAUAUUCGAGUAAAAGCUGGUUAUAUAUGGAUGGUGUGGUGAGUCCAUUUGCUAACAAAUCCAUUAGGAAGGCAGUCUCUACUGAUGUAUUGAAUAUAAUGGAAUCAGGCGGAGGAAAUCAGUUUGGAGGGAACCGUGGUGGGGAAUCCACAAGGAGGACUCUCAGUGGGAUUCCUGUACAUAAGGGCCAGAGAGGCUCCUCCAUUGGCUAAUACAAUUGUAUUCAUGGAGCAUUUUCUAUUUUCGCUCCUUUUUAUUAUUGUUUAUAUGGUUAACUCAAUAGUAAACAAGUGAGGUGACAUGAGAAGAGGAAAACGGUUUCCCACAAGCAAAUUCGCCUAACUUUUAUAGGCAAUUGUAGAAAACGCAUCUAAACAUGUAAAUUAAUUGAUAAUAAGAUGAUUGAGAGGUGUGGGUUCAGCAGUAAAGUUUUGGAAUUUUGUUAAGUAAAGAUAUGGAUUUCUCCUGUCUAUAA